AUGGCCUGUUGGCAUCUGGCCCUCCUUCUGACUGGGGUCCUCCUGGCAGCCUCCCAGCCAACCCUGACCCAGCCGGACACACUGCUGGUUUUCCCAGGCCAAGUGGCCCAACUCUCCUGCAUGCUCAGCCCCCGCCAUGCCACCGUCGGGGACUACGGCGUGUCUUGGUAUCAGCAGCGGGCAGGCAGCGCCCCCCGCUUGCUCCUCCACUACCGCUCAGAGGAGGACCACCACCGCCCCCCUGACAUCCCUGACCGCUUCUCGGCAGCCACGGAUGCAGCCCAUAAUGCCUGCAUCCUGACCAUCAGCCCUGUGCAGCCUGAAGACGCCGCGGAUUAUUACUGCUCCGUGGGCUACAUACCCUAG